UUUAUUUCUUUGUUUGUAGGACAUUUCAAGCAUGUUGUAAUCGUGCAAGGAAAGAAAUCAACUUAAAAGUGUUUUUAAGUUAAGAGUAAGGAGACAAAACUGUGCUGCACUUUGUAAGAUUCUUUACAUGUUCUCUUAAGAGUUGCUUAACUUUCAGCAGGAAAGCCGGCCUGUCUCCUGAAAGAAGAAGUUAACCACAAGAAACUUUCGUAGGUUUGGGUCAAAGGGCCGCGCACGUUGUAGCUUUGUACAGUUUCCUGGGGAGGUGAUCCUCUUAAGGCGGCGAGCUCCAACUGAGAUCAGUUCAGUUCCCGAUGCCUACAAAAUAUAGAAUUAAGAGUAAACGCAAGUCUUUUUUUAUUGCCUUCAUCACACAGCAAGCUUUCGGUGUAUGUACACAUGCGGUUGGAUUGUGUAUGUCUGGGCAGCCAUCCACUGAACCAAAUAUACCCGGUGCCCUGACGGACCACAACUCUCCAACCGCACGGACUGUGGUAACCAGAGGAGACCCAGCGCGGCCUUGUAAUUUCUCCUCUUUGUUAUGCUGUCGUGACUGAAAGCUGCUGCUGAGCAGGAGAAAAGGGAGUUGGGUUGUUUGGGAAAGAUGUGCAGGAAAGAGAGAAAAGCAUAUAAGCAGACAGAGUGGCUGUACUGGCAUCCCACGGCGCGGAUCAUAAAGAGGAGCAGCGGGAAGUGAAUUGGAGCCAAAAAGUUUCUAAACUUGACUGACAUGAACUCAAACUCAAGACUUCAUCAGUCAUUUUAAAAGGGAUAUCACGCAAACUUUUUCUUCCACCAUGAGUCUGGGAAAGCUGCCAGGAAUCAAAGGCCUGGUGUCUGGCUCUCAGGGGAAACGUCGCUUCAAGAGCGACCUCUCGGUGGACAUGAUCAGUCCCCCGCUCGGGGACUUCCGACACACCAUGCACGUGGGCCGCGGCGGCGACGUGUUCGGCGACACGUCCUUCCUCAGCAACUACGGCGGCAUCCGGGAGCCGGGGAGCCCGGACUCGGCGAGCAGCUCCAAGUCCACCGGCUUCUUCACGCGCACCUUCCGCCACGUGCGGAGGACGUCAGUGCUGCGGCCCCGGGGCGGCUCCCGGGACCUGUCGUCCCCGCCUCCGGACAUCUCACCCAUCAUUAAAAACGCCAUCUCCCUGCCUCAGCUGAACAUAGACUCUGUGAACGGAUGCCUGCAGAGGGCGCUGUUCCCCAACUCCAUGGGCUCAGCGGAUGACUCCUUCUGCACAUAUGGUGUCCAGUCUGGAUUCCUGACUCUGCCUCGAGUCUCUCGACUUGAAAGACAGAUUCAAGAUGGUGGCGUGUGGAGAACGUCUCCAGCAGACAACGGCUGCGGCGCGUUGACUCGCUCUGACUCUCUGGCCUCCUUCACCGUCGACCUCGGACCUUCUCUAAUGACUGAGGUGUUGGCUUUGAUUGACAACCCCAGCUCUCUACAGGUAUCCAAUCACAGCCAGGCAGCAGGUGAGGAAGAGGAGGACGAGGAUAGAGGUGACACCAGCUCUCUGACAGAGACACCCGUUCAGACCCCGACAGCCAGUUCCCCCAACCCGUCCCAGUGCAGCGCGUCUUUCAGGUCCAAAGCGAACGGGAGAGUUAUCUCUCCCUGGAGGGAGCGUCAGGAGGACCGGGGGUCUGUGAGGACGCCUGAUGUCACUUCCUGUUCUUCUCACAAGGAGGAAUCGGCCAUCGAGGCAGAGAGGUUCCAGAGGGCGGCGGACGUCCUGGCGAGACAUUACGGUGGAGGAUCCUUCACCAGAGGAACGAGGACGAGUCAAAAAACACCACAUGGUUUAUCUGAGGAGGAGGAGGAGAUCAAAGUGUAGACAUUAAGAACAACAAUCUAAACAUCUGGAUUCAUCCACAGUCAGAAAUGAGAGACUGUUCAUCUCUUCACUUUAACAUUCCUUAUUAGUCUUUAACUUUUGCCCAUCUGGUUUUCUUUCACUGUAAUUGUGAUGAAUCUUUUAACACUAUGAAAGUACAACAGUCAGAAAACACUUUUGAUUUUAAGUGUUUGUAAGUGGUUUGAUAAACAUCUAUGAGAUCAAUGUUUCAUGCUGAUAUCUACACUUUAUGAAUAACACUUUUGUACAUUUAUCCAGUCAUAACAACCAUACUUUGUUUUAGCUUCUUCUAAAGUGUAUAUUUAGGAAAUUUGGACAUUUCAUGAUUUACUUCACACAUUUAAUAAUCUAAUUUGUAAACAAAGCUGUUUAUUGUAAUAUUUUAUUGGUUUACCAUUGAAUAAAUAAAAAUGUAUUUCUCUA